AAUCAACGGCAGAGCAGCAGCAGAAAAUAUUUAUUUAUUAGAUGAAAAACUUUUUGGCUGCUGCUUAAAAUAGAAAUACCAAGUAUCAGUGAAGUUGCGAUAUCCUGGAUAUAAAAGAAAACAAAUAUGGAUCACAAAUUUCUUGUGUUCAAUGCUGCGCGCGAUAAUAAUCUACCACAAUUAAAGGCCGCGUUGUAUAACAAAAGCUUUCCAGAAAUUACAGCACUCAUAUCGUUUAAAGUGAACGGAGCCACACCGCUGGUCAUCUCCUGUCGCAAUGGACACUACGACAUUGUAGAAUAUUUAUUGACAAAGUGUCGUGCCAAUGUGGAGCAGGUGGGCUCCGUGAGCUUUGACGGCGAGCCCAUUGAGGAUGCGCCGCCUCUCUGGUGCGCCGCGGCUGCGGGUCAUUUGGGUAUUGUCAAGAUGCUGGUGCGUCGUUUGGCCAAUGUGAAUAGCACAACGCGCACAAAUUCGACGCCAUUGCGUGCCGCUUGCUUCGAUGGACACUACGAGAUUGUUAAAUAUUUGGUGCAUCAUGGUGCAGACAUUGAGGUAGCCAAUCGACAUGGACACACCUGCCUGAUGAUUGCCUGCUAUAAAGGACAUUUUCGCAUAGCGCAGUAUUUGUUAUCAUUGAAUGCGGAUGUGAAUCGCUGCAGCAUCAAGGGCAACACAGCGUUGCACGAUUGCGCCGAGUCGGGCUCGCUGCUCAUAUUGCAGCUGCUGCUGAAACAUGGCGCCAAUAUGGAUGUGGAUUACUAUGGCAUGACGCCGCUGCUGGCGGCAAGUGUAACCGGACAUAUGCCCAUUGUGGAGCAUCUCAUAAAGUUGCCGUGUGUGAGUCGCGAGGCGCGCAUCGAUGCACUGGAGCUGCUGGGUGCCACCUAUGUGGACAAGAAGCGUGAUAUGGCUGUGGCUUUAACGCUGUGGCGACGUGCGCUGGAUGAGCGUGCACUGGAGCCGACGUUGCAUAAGAAAGUGCAAGAGCCAGUGCCGGCCUAUGAGCUGGUAAGCGAGGUGACUACAGUCGAGGAGCUGGAGGAGCUGGUACUCGAUCCAGAUGAGAUGCGCAUGCAGGCUUUGGUUAUAAGACAACGCAUACUAGGACCAACGCAUCCAGACACCAGCUACUAUAUACGCUUCAGAGGCGCACACUAUGCAGACGCUGGCCGUUUCGAUCGCUGCAUCGAAUUGUGGUCCUAUGCCUUGACAAUGCAACAGAAAAUCUUGAAGCCGCUCAGCCCCAUGACGCAGUCCUCGCUGCUAUCGUUUGCCGAACUGUUUAGCUUUAUGCUGGUGGAGGCGGGUCGCCUGCUGCCACGUGGACGCAUUGUGCCCCCCAUUGAUGCCGACGGCAUGCUGGACAUUUUCCACAAAGCUGUGCUGGAGGUGGAGCGUGGACAGGCGUUUACGCUGGAGCAGCAGCAGCAACAUCAACAGCAAUACCAACAGCAGCAGCAGCAGCAACUUUCGCCUGCAGCCAGCAGCAAUCAGCUGCCGCAAUCGCCCUCAAGCUCAGCAACAUCCUCCACAUCUGCAUCCAGCUCCUCCACCACACUGUUAUCCGCGCAUCAGCAUGACUGCAAUCAUGAUCCCAAUGCGCUUAGUCGCACUUUGGUUAGUGCCUUACAUAUUGGUUGUCUGCUAAGCUCGCUGCUCGAGUCGGAUGGGUUUUGUGCCGAGAUGCGGCGUCAGGUGAUGCACGCGCUGUAUCGUCUCAAUCGUCUCAAGGUGCAUGUGCGCUCCGGACGCACAGCGCUGCACUAUGCCUGCUAUCGCGAGGGCACGCUGGUCGGUCGCUAUCCCUCCUGUCAGUUUCCAUCGGCAUCGCUGACGAAGGCGCUGCUCGAAGUAGGCGCCGAUGCGAAUGCAGUGGACGAUGCGGGCAACACACCGCUGCAUCUAGCAGCAACGCUACAGCCAUCAGCUGAGCCUUUGGCACGCACGCUGCUCGAAGGCGGCGCGCAUUUGGAUACAAAGAACGAUGCUGGCGAAACAUUUGAGACGCUGCUGUCGCCCACACCGCUGCACAAGAUCAUUGAUCCCAUGAAGUAUACAUCGCUGGCUUGUUUGGCGGCGCGCACGAUUAAGCAGCAUGGCAUUGACUAUGAGCAGACUGUGCCAGCGGCGCUCUAUGACUUUAUUGAGCUGCACUAACAAGCGAGCUGGAGUUAGAGUUAGAGCAGUAAACACACACACACACACACCUGCCCGCCCGCCAUCGAAGCCAUGCCACGUGGAUAGACAUAGUUAGAGCUACCUAUUACUAUUACUACUACUACUACUACUACUACUGCUACGAUUACUGAAUAAUAUAUACCACAUAAAUAUGUAGAUCUGAUGGAGAGCGUAACUAAUGACUAGGAACUGAUUUGUGAUGAUUGCAAGUAGUGAAUGAACUGCUGCUAACAGUAACAACAACAACAACAACAACGACGACGAGUGUGUUAACAAUCGACAACGACUA